AAUGGGUGCUAAUUCUUCUUAGAGUGAGAAAUUUGUACAAGAGUUCUAAAGAUAAUGUGUGAAAGUGAGAGAGUUGAAAGACUUACGCUUUGGGGAUGUUUAGAUUUAUCGAACAUAGUAGAAUUCUUACAUUAUGGUCAAGAGUAUAUGGUGCAAUAAUUCAUAAGAAUAUGAUGCAUCAAUUAGUAAUAUAAAAUUAAUUGAUAUAGGUAAUUGUGAAAAGAGAUCUAAAUUACACCAUUAAAAUCUAGUUAAACUCUUAGGAUAUCAUUCAAAUUCAUAAAAUUAAUGGUGUGGAGAUUUUUCAAAAAUUACUGUAUAUUUGGAAUUCUUUGAUUACACUUUAGAAAAGUCAAUUGAUACAAGAAGACAAACCAAUCAAUACUUUACAGAAGCUGAGCUAUGGAAAAUGUUAUUCACUAUUGCUAAAUUGGGAAUCUAUCUUGAAGAAUAAAAUAAAGUUCUUGGAGAUAUAAGACCUUGCAAUAUAUAAUUAUCAGAUGAUUUGAAAAUGGCUGUAAGAAAUAUACUUAACUCUUUAUAGGAACUAGGUAUAUUGAAACCAGAUUAAACAGGUUAUUAAAGAUAAAUAAAUAAUCAAGAAGUUGCAUAUUUAAGUCCAGAACAAUUAUAUUCACUCAACAAUCCUUCAAUUACUGCUAAAUCAGAUGUCUAUUCAUUGGGAGUGACUAUGUUAGAAUGUUCAACUUUAAUGAGUGGAAAGAAUCUUUAUAAAUCUAAUAGAAUUGAUGGCCAUCUUCUAUAACAAUUAUUAGAAACUGUCAAAUAACUUGGAUAUUCAAAUCCAUGGUACAGAAUGGUUAGGGAAUUAUUAAAAGAAUAGCCUGAUGAAAGACCUUCAUAUUAAGAUAUUUAUGUAAUAUCAAUUAUUAUAAUCAGGAUGCCCUCAAAUAAUUCGAAGUUUAGAUCCUUAAUUUAUAGCCUUUUUCACUUAUAUAUCAAUAACCUUCUAUACCUUAAUAAUCUAUAUCACCAUAUAGACCAUAAUAUUAAUAAUAUUCAUAAUCUUUACCACCUUAACAUCAAUAAUAAUAAACUUAAAAUUAAGUACCAGUUUAAUUUUAAUAAUAAUUCCAAUAAUAAUAAUAAGUAGUUUAAUAACCAUAGCAAAUACACACUUUACCAUAAUAACCAUCUUAUUAGUAUCAACAAUAAGUACUUCCACAAUAAUAACCAAUUUUAGCAUCCUAAUUACCUUAAUAAUAAACUUAAUAAUAACCUACUAUUACAUAACCAUUAUAACCUCCAUAAUAAUCCUAUAUGUAUUAAUAUUAAUAACAACCUUAUUUAAAUGAAUUAGCAAAUGCUUAAUCUAAUUAUUUUGUAUAAUAACAAGUUCAUCAUUUACCUUAAUAAAUAGAAUAGUCUCCAUACCAUACACUAUAGUCUCCAUAAAACAUGACAUCAACAAUGUAUUAUUAAGAGGAAGAGUAGGAUGAUGGAUUAAAUGAGAUUGAUAAAAAGAUUUAAUAAGCAUUAAAAAUGACUAGGGAUACUGAAAUGAGAAAUAAAUAAACACCGAAUUACUAUUGAC